CGUUCGUGGUUCGUUUUUGAAAUCAGAGACAAAAUUUACUGACAAUAUAACAAUAUCGUUGUUUUCUUCUGGAUGAAUAACCUAAACAAUUAAUGGAUUAUAAGCUGUAUGUGAUGACAUGCAAUACCAAUGCCGAGGAAUAUGUCGAAUAAACUUAAUAAACGCAGUGAGUCGGACACUGAAACAAGAUCUAGAAAACAAUUCAAACAUGGCGGAUAAAAAGUAAACAAAAAGGGGAAUGGGGCAGUGGAUUACAGUUUAGAUUUACAAUAAGGAAGAAAACCUUCAGUCUAUGCUUAAUACUUAUGAUUGGUGCAGACAUCGGAAGGUCAUCAUCAACACAAACUAGUCAAAAUGCAUACACUUCAGAAAAGGCAGGGUUACAAGGUCAGAUUAUGUAUUCAAAAUCAAUAACAAUAUAUAAGAAACAGUCGAAAGUAACAAAUGUCUUGGACUUACAUUUCAUGAAAAGGUAAUUAUUCGACAAGCUGCGAUUUGCUUUCAAAAUCCGAGGGACGUGCUCUUGGACGUCUGAUAAAUAAAGUACACAGUUUGAAAGACUUGGGAUUCUGGACCGUCGAAAAAUUGUUACUAGUAUGUCGCACCUGUACUGAAUUAUAGCGCUUCCACCUGGGGCGAAACACAAUUUCAAGGCCUCGACAUUAUACAACAUUGAGCACUUCGAUACUUCUUGGGUGUGCCUGGCAUUAUACGGGAUACAGAACCAGCAUGACAGAUCAAUUUUCGAGCUUGCUAAAUAGCACCCUUGACACCUUAGGCUACUCAAUAGAAAAUAUAUCGCUGAGAGCUAAGGUUUCGAAAACAGUUAAAGGAAUGUGCAGCGAAAGAUGUACUAAACAAUUUGGUCUGAAACUACUCUCUGCAGGAAGUAAAGCAGAAGGUGUUUCACCAAUUUUCGCAAGUGAUGAGGACUCCAUGUUGGUCUAUACUGAUUACGUCUGUGUGGAUUUUGGUGACAUCGGAAACGGCAUAUAUGUUAUAAUGAGAUAUUUGGACGAAUCACCACCAGGAUAUAUCAAGUUACGACCGCUGGGUGCGCGGAAUAUAACAGCGUUGCCGUGGUUGCUUAUAUUCUCAAUGUAUGUAACUAACUUAGAUAUUGUCUUGUUAUCGAGCAUGAGCUUUCGAAAUUUUUUAACUUUGAUAUACAGUAGACUCAUGCCCUAUCUAGGGUCGGCGAACAAAGUAUCAAAGGUUAGUGGACCAGCAUUAGCUCUAACUGUAAACCGUUGUAUGUUGAACCAUGUAUUUUCAUCAGAUAUUUAUGCUGACAUUGUUCCUGCGUUACCUUACUAUUCUUCCUCAAUUCUGGAACAGUGGAAAGACCGUAAGCGGUUGUAUGAAUGGCCAACUACGGACACCAUAAAAGAAGUGUCAACUACAGAGGGAUAUGUUGUUCCUGUUGGACACAAGCAGAGUGAGGAACAGAAUUUCGAGUGGAGAGUUUGCUACACGACCGGGGAACAGAAGCUUUUAGGCAGCUUGAAUGAGGUUCAGAUUAAACUUUAUGUUUUGCUUAAAAUGAUAAACUCGUGUGUAAUCAAAGGUCAAGUUGACUGCCUUACAUCUUAUAUGAUUAAAAAUAUUGUCAUGUGGGUUUCAGAAACAUGUCGCACUGGCACAUUCACACCAGACAAUCUUUCGCGUGUGGUACUCCAAAGCUUAGCAUUUUUAAGAAACUGUCUUCUUUACAGUAACUUUCUUCCAAAUUACAUGAUUUCAGACAGAAAUCUUUUAUUUGGUAAGGUUGAAGUUCAAGAAAAACUUAAACUCGGGAAAAUAAUAGCAGAAUUAUUACACGAGGGUGAACAUAUCUUUCUUAGGUGUGAAAAGCUAAAAAAUGCCAUGUUCAUCAUGUGUGCAAAUCCUGCACUCGCAUUUAGAUUUCGGGCAUGGAGAAACGAAAUUGAAGAACUCUUCUUAUUUGCACAUGUGAACAUCUUUUCAAAAAUAAAACCCGACAUGGUAUUAAGGUCGACUUUCUCGUACGAUCUAUUAUUUGAAUAUAUGAAAGACAAAUCGUUUGUAGAAACUGUUAUCAGACUUUUCAACUUGUUGUCGAUUGAUGAAAGAACACUUUUCGGCAAUGGGUUUCAAAGCUUUGAGGACAUUGAUAAAUGGCUAGACAGAUUGUUUUCAUAAUUUCAGCAGUUCAUAAAAAGGAACUUAUUGUGUCAGGAUACGAGUUAUAUGACCCGGGGAAGUGCCUACGCCUUUAGUAUCUUGAACAAUGAAAUUGGUCCUAUCGCUAAGGUGACUAUGUCUUAGACUAGCUAACAAACGAUGUAGAAUGUCCUUUGUUAAAUAUCUCAUAUAUAGAAUUUUUCUCUGGCUAGGUACCAAUGAUUCGUAAAUGAUUUUCAUUAUGAGCUAAACAAUUUCAGGGAUCAGGCAAAUCACUAAAUGUUUCAAACAUUUUUCGAUUAGCUCAAACUCCUAUAGGCUGGAGACUCUAUACUUGACUGGCCUUUUUGUUGAUGUUCCCGUCAGACAAUGUCUUUAAAUCAACAACAUACGAGUCCUAUCGCAUAGAUGCUCGGCCUUUGUCCUCUUAAUUGAAGUUACAACUCUAUAUAAAUACCUUGACUCCUGGAAUGCUCAGCGCCUAUAUACUAUCCUUGUUAUAUUCCCGAUGUCUUGGCUGUACUUCACCAAUAAUGCUGAACCGUCUAAAAGCUGGAACUAUCCUACUAUCUCAGUAGAUUAUUAAACUCUGGGUCUCUGUCUCAGCUUUCCGAUGCUCAGCCUAUAUUUGCUAUCGUCUAUAGUAUUCAAUUACCUUUAAGGUUAAACUCCUAUGCGCCGCCCUAUAGCUCGAAACCUUAUUGAAAUUCUGUAACUCUUCUUUAGUCUAUGAACUUACAACGUCUUCUUUUUUAUCUCCCCGCCAAAGGCGAAGGGGAUAUUAGAAAUGCGUCCGUCCGUCCGUGUGUCCGCAACGAUCUUUGUCCGGAGCAUAACUCCAAAAGUACUGGAGGGAUUUUCUUCAAACUUCAUACAUUGAUAGAACAAAUUGGGAGGAAGUGCAGUGUGCAAGAACAAUGACUCUACCUUGCCUAUUUCUGAGUUAUUCCCCUUUAUCAUAUUUUCUUAAAACAUUUUGUCCGGAGCAUAACCCCAAAAGUACUUGAGGGAUUUUCUUCAAACUUCAUACACUGAUAGAACACAUUGGGAGGAAGUGCAGUGUGCAAGAACAAUAACUCUACCUUGCCUAUUUUUUUGAGUUAUUCCCUUUUAUCAUAUUUUCUUAAAAGCAUUUGUCCGGAGCAUAACUCCAAAAUAACUGGAGGGAUUUUCUUCAAACUUCAUACACUGAUAGAACACAUUGGGAGGAAGUGCAAUGUAUAAGAACAAUAACCUACCUUGCCUAUUUUUUGAGUUAUUCUGCUUUAUCAUAUUUUCUUAAAACAUUUUUUCUGGAGCAUAACCCCAAACUUACUGGAGGGAUUUACUUUAAACUUCAAACACUGAUAGAACACAUUGGAAGGAAGUGCAGUGUGCAAGAGCAAUAACUCUACCUUGCCUACUUUUUGAGUUAUUCCCCUUUAUCAUAUUUUCUUAAAAAAUUUGUCCGGAGCAUAUCUUCUUCAUGCAUGGCACAAAUGUUUACCUCCACGAGGCAGAGUGUCAUGCACAAGAACCAGGUCCCUAGGUCUAAGGUCAAGGUCACUCUUCGAGGUCAAAGGAUACAAGAAUGAAAACCUUGUCCGGAGCAUUUCUUCUUCAUGCAUAAAGGGAUUUUGUUAUAACUUGGCACAGAUGUUCAACACCACGAGACGGAGUGUCAUGCGCAAAUCCAGGUCACUAGGUCUAAGGUCAAGGUCACACUUAGAGGCCAAAGGUCAAAUACAAGAAUGACUUUGUCUGAAGCAUUUCUUCUUCAUGCAUGGAGGGAUUUUGAUGUAACUUGGCACAAUUAUACACCAUCAUGAGACGAAGUGUCAUGCGCAGUUCCCUUUAGAAUUACUUCCCUUUGUUGUUACUUUAAAUAGCUUUUAUUGUAACUUUUUUAUUACUAGUCGUAGGGAAAAAUCGAGACCACUUUUCUGUAGUACAACAUGCAUGCUAUAUCCAAUUUUGAGGUGUAUUUUGACCAAUCUCUACCUGAUAAAGAUUUUUGUGUGGACUUGCAAUUUUUUUUUUAAGAUUAACCUCCCUUAGUUGUUACUAUAAAUAACUUAUUUUGUAACAUUUUUAUAACUGACCGUAGGGAAGAAACAAGACCACUUUUCUGUUGUACAACAUAGAUGUUACUCUCCAAUUUUAGGUGUAUUUUACUAUAUAUAAGGUAUCUCUACCUGGUAAGGAGUUUUUUUGGACUUAAAAAAAACAAAAGACUUACAAUGAUUACUGAACAACCACAAAAUUAACAUUCCAUUUGCAAAUUUGCAAAUACAGCUGCUAGAGUAAAGAAAUUUGUUGCGACGGGCAUAUAUUGUGACAUUCUGGCACUCUUGUUCCCUGUAAGCUUUCCUUUCCAUUCCUUCUAUUUACAAUAGCCAUAUAGAAAAACAUCAUAGCUAUACUGUUCAUGAAAAUUAAUAAAAUUUAGUAGUAAACCACCUUACUACUGACUUAUUCUUUCUUCCACAUCUUUAAAACCCCUGAUGCGGACCACAGCUAAACGGUUUUUCAAAGCUUUCCCCAAAAUUAAUACUUUCAGACACUAACUUGCUAGGAACUUUAGCCUUCAAUUAUAAUAUGCCCGGCGGGGGGAUUAGCCAUGUGUAACAUGGCUCUUGUUAAUAAUUUAUCCGCCCUGACAGGGUAGUUGCAAUAACCUCCUUAUCAAGGUACUGGGAUAAAUUAUUAGUUGAAUCCUCGAUGUGUCUUCAACCGCUGGAUACCGAAUGCCCUCUCUGUCAUCCAUCGACCUGUUUAUACUUCAGCAGAGUCUGACGUGCUGUUUUUAGAACAUGUUUCUGAUUGAUCCAAAUUUAAACAUAGCUUUUUACAACGAGUACUUGCUCUGUCAAAUAUCUGGUUCACUUUAACUUUUGUAUAUGACAUAAUGUGUGAUGUUGGAGUUCAGCUUUCCACAUAAUGAACCCAGAUCAGCCACAAAUUCCCCGAAUUCUAUUAUUAACAGCAAUUCAACAAUAAUUAAAGCAAUGAUAGUAUGGAAUGGGAGUCAAGCACUAUCUGUGCUUAAUGUGUUACGUUAUCAAUAUAUCAAACAUACAAAUUAUUCUGACAAUAUGGUAUUCAUAUAGUUACAUGCAAAUUUAUGAUCACAGUUGGACAAUUAAUGGUAACCAACCAUCUAUGAUCCAAUGUUUUAAUAGAGUAAUCAGAUAGUUUCUUACAAUCAUAUGAAUUAGAUAUUUAUCAACGUAAGAUAACUGUUAUUAUCUUAAGGGGACGCAUACUUUGAAAUUAGAAAAAAGUGGGUGGGGUAUUAUAAAAUUUACCUGUAAAAAAGUACAAGGUUUUGGUAAAUGAAAUGAAUACUGUUUCAACUGUUAUAAGUACACAAAGGAUUGCUCACUAAAAUAAAAAUGAGAAAAACUGAAACAAGAAAGUUAUUGUUGAAUUACAUAAGACUUCUUGUGUACAUUCAAAGUCAACAAUUAAGACUUUUUGGUGCAAAAACAAUAGUGCUUCACUUUGUCCAAACAUUUAUCAAUGUCCUACAGAUUCUAAUUUAAAGAAAGAAUGUGAAAUAAGUUCACUGUCUUGCUUUUCAUUUCGCAUAUGUGAGCUAAAACACAUCAUUUAGUUUGUUUACAAAGUAGUGCAUAAGAAAAGAUACGGUGGUCAAGGAAUGCCAUAUUCCAAAACUAAAAGAGUAUAUUCCCCUUAAUACAUUAAACAUUUAUCGUUACAAAAGUCUAGUGGCUUACAAUAAAGGCCUAGAAAUGUUGCCAUUAUUAAUUUUUAACUUGGUAUUCAUGAACUACAAUGCACUAAAAUAUCAGAACACAUUCAACAAACUUUUGAAAAUGUAUUGUCUUAAAAAUCCCAAAAAUAAGGUAUGAAAUUUGGUUGAGAGGUCCAAUCAAUGUGUAUAUGUGCAAAAGCAACAUUCUAAUCUUGUUCACAAAAGUUACUAAUACACAGCAGGAAUGUCAAUGAUCAAAACUGGACGAAUAUACAGUUAUCCUCACUUUAAUGUCAUUUAUAAUUUGUCCUUGAAUUCUCCACCAUACUUUUCAUAACUCUGUUUGCACGAGUUGCACGAGAAUGCUGUCAUUCACGUAAAAAAACGGGGUCAAAGAAGUUGUAAAUGCAAUAUCAUCUAAACAUAAUUAAUGGAUUAUGCAGUUCAAGAUAAACUUUAUCUCAUAACGUAUCGAACAUAUAUAAUGUUGUAACAACAACUUUACUUACACUGAUUUAAGUAGCAGUCGGUUUAUAAGCGACUUUAUUGAUUCAUUUUGUGUUUGUUAUUGUUGUCAAAAGUAUAACGGAAGUGCCUCACAACUGAAGCGGAAACCAGUUUGAUGCGCAAAGAAGUCCACUGUAAGUAAUAUUUUUUGACAAAUGUCCACAGAAAUUAAUAAUUUUCUAAUAUUAAAGACGAAUAUCUGAAUAGGAUUCAUUAUUUGAUAAGAAAUUAUAAUCAUCGACAUGUUUUUUUAAAAAUCGUACACGUGCUGACACCUAAGUUGUCUCCCGUUGUUUAUUAGAGUUACCUUUCGUCCGUCGCAGUAAUACAUUUGCAGUGAAUCGCCCAGAAGUCGUGGGAAAAUUAAAAACCAUGUAAACAAACUAAAAUUAACCACCUUUUCAAGAUGAAUUUCAAGUGAUCGACAUUAUGCAUUUAACCCGCCUGACCUGUGUAGCAUCUUAGAUAUCUGUUCUAAGGUAUUCAUUGCGUAUAAUGUCAUGUUAUGCCCUUGCAAUGCUAAUCCCACUCUGAUUUUUUUGUUUACCUGUUAACAUUUUUUAUCAAUGAGAAAUAUGGCGUCCAUCCCGAGAUGAACUGACGUGGCGUUAAAUUUUUACAUGUUUAAGCAAACCUGGUGUGUUAGAAAGAAAAUCUCAUCCCUUCAACAUUAUUUGGAACACUGUUAUUGUAAAAAACCUGUUUUUUCCUUAUACAAAAGCUUAAUAUUUUGUGUUGAAUGUACUUUCACAAAGACCUCUGUUUUCCUAUAACAUUCAUAGUACCACAUCCUUAUCCACAAAAUACUGAAUAUUACAGGUGUCCAUCAGUAUUAUAUCAGUUUAGGAAUAUGUUUUUUAUUUUCCCACCAUCGAUUUCUUGAAUAUGCACCCCUUCCGCAUUGCUGUAUGAACUGUGAAUGUAGCAAUAUGCGUCCCCUUAAUGCACAUGAAGCAUUACAUUUGAAGGAAUGAAUCAAUAUCAUUUAAUGAUGAUUUUUUAAGUUGACAAGGUGUCAAUCAAAGCUUUAGAACACUUCCGCAAACUAAAUAAAUUAAGUAAAGUUAAACUGCAUUUUUAUGACCCCGAAGGGAGGCAUAUAGUUUUUGAACCGUCUGUCGGUCUGUCAGUCUGUCGGUCUGUCAGUCUGUCAGUCUGUCCGCAAUUUUCGUGUCCGGUCCAUAUCUUUGUCAUCGAUGGAUGGAUUUUCAAAUAACUUGGCAUGAAUGCGUACCACAGUAAGACGACGUGUCGCACGCAAGACCCAGGUCCGUAGCUCAAAGGUCAAUGUCACACUUAGACAUUAAAGGAUAGUGCAUUGAUGGGCGUGUCCGGUCCAUAUCUUUGUCAUCGGUGGAUGGAUUUUCAAAUAACUUGGGAUGAAUGUGUACCACAGUAAGACGACGUGUCGCGUGCAAGACCCAGGUCCGUAGCUCAAAGGUCAAGGUCACACUUAGACGUUAAAAGAUAGUGCAUUGAUGGGCGUGUCCGGUCCAUAUCUUUGUCAUCCAUGGAUGGAUUUUCAAAUAACUUGGCAUGAAUGUGUACCACAGUAAGACGACGUGUCGCGUGCAAGACCCAGGUCCGUAGCUCAAAGGUCAAGGUCACACUUAGACGUUAAAGGUCAUUUUUCAUGAUAGUGCAUUGAUGGGCGUGUCCGGUCCAUAUCUUUGUCAUUCAUGCAUGGAUUUUAAAAUAACUACGCAUGAAUGUGUGACACAGUAAGACGACGUGUCAUGCGCAAGAACCAGCUCCGUAGGUCAACGGUCCUAAACUCUAACAUCGGCCAUAACUAUUCAUUUAAAGUGCCAUCGGGGGCAUGUGUCAUCCUAUGGAGACAGCUCUUGUUUAUAAACAUGUUGUUUAGCUAACGGUAAAUAGAAUAAAUGAAUAUAUUAGUGACAUUAGUAAGGAACUGUGACAAAUAUCAUCUACCGUUUUAUUUCGGAUUCGACAAAUUACUGGAAACAGACAAAAAAAUGACAAAAGCUCCACGUGUAAGGCCUUUCAUAUGACAACAAUAGUCAACAUCUUUUGAAUUUGAAAAGUUAUUAAAAUUUUACUCAAUUAGUUUCUUUUUUUCUCCAUUGUUAUGCCCUCAUAAAACAUUUUCCGUAUUUCUUCCCAACAUUUAUUAUUACUUUGUAAUCUGAAAAUCACCUGAGAAUCAACUUUUUUGCCUUUUACACGGUAUAAUAUUAUCAUAUAAUAUUCUUUGAGCAGAAUCAUCGUCAAGGAAAUAAUCUAUAUUGUUUAAACAGAGAAUGUAGUAAGUCGCUAGUUGUAGCUGUAUGGUAGCCAACGCGAACUGAGCAUUUUACUUACGGAUACUUAAGGUUCUGAGCCUGUAAAGACAACUGGAAAUACCAAGUCGUUUAAUUUUCUUACUUUUCUCCUUGUGCGAUUUCAAAUUUCUUUCUUCGGUUAUUUUGGAAUGUAAUUGCCUGUUAUUGCCGACUAUACCGAAAUCU